GGGGCCGGGGUGGGGUGGGGCAGGAUGCUGGAUGGCCCGUUAUUCUCCGAGGGGCCCGACAGCCCCCGGGAGCUCCAGGAUGAGGAGUCGGGCAGCUGCCUCUGGGUGCAGAAGUCCAAGCUGCUGGUGAUUGAAGUGAAGACUAUUUCCUGUCAUUAUAGUGCUCGCGCCCCUUCUCGACAGUCCAUGGACAUCCAGGCCAGCCACUGGGCCCGCGGGCCCCAGAGCCGCACGUGUAGGCUGCGCCCGGGAUCCCCUGAGCCGCCGCCCCGCCGACCCUGGGCCUCCAGGGUGCUGCAGGAGGCGACCAACUGGCGGGCGGGGCCCCUCGCCGAGGUCCGAACCCGGGAACAGGAGAAAAGGAAGGCGGCGUCGCAGGAGCGGGAGGCCAAGGAGACCGAGAGAAAGAGGCGCAAGGCUGGCGGGGCCCGACGGAGUCCCCUAGGGCAGCCCCGCCCGGAGCCCCGGCACGCCCUUCGGGCGGCCCAGCCCCCGGGGCUCCCGCCUCCCUCCAGACCCGAGCGCUUCGGGCCGGUGGGGCGAGCGCCACGCCCGUCCGCCUUCCCGCAGGGUGAGCCGGGGGUGGCGUGGGCGGGGCCGUGGGGAGGCCGGAGGCCAGGGCCCCCCAGCUACGAGGCUCACCUGCUGCUGAGAGGCGCCGCGGGCUCGGCCCCGAGGCGCCGCUGGGACCGGCCUCCGCCCUACGUGGCUCCGCCCUCGUACGAAGGCCCCCACAGGACCCUGGGGGCGAAGCGAGGCCCCGAGCUCUCCCGGGCGCCCGCCUCGGCAGCCCCGGCUCCGGUCGCGGCCAGGACAGAGGGAGGGCGCGCCAAGAAGAGGCUGGACCCUCGAAUCUACCGGGACGUUCUGGGGGCCUGGGGUCUCAGGCAGGGCCGGGGACUCUUGGGAGGAGCUCCCGGCUGCGCUGCGGCCAGAGCCAGGCCAGAGGCUUGCAGAGGGGCCGCGGAGCGAGGCUCGGGCCUAGCUGUUGCUGGCCUGAUCGGUGGUGGCCACGGCCAGCCCCAAGCCGAAGCUACGGGCAGUCCAGGCGCGGAGGCCGCUCCCUCUAGGUCCCUGGCCAGCAGCCCCCCACGUCCGGCUCCCAGGUCCAGGCAGCAGCGCGGGGGCUCAAGGCCAGGGAAAGAAGGAGGUGAACCGAUCUGGCUCCCCAAGUCUUGGCUUUCCUCUCCUAAAAAGCCUCCAGUUAGGCAUAGCCAGACUCUCCCCAGGCCGUGGGCUCCUGGGGGCACUGGGUGGAGAGAGGCCCUGGGUCCAAGAGAGGGGGCAGAACACGUGAGCCUGGAAGCCUGGAAGGCCACCCGCCGUGCCCACACCCUGCCCCGCAGCUCCCGGGGCCUCGCUCGCAGGGAAGGCAUCUUCGUCAUUGACGCCACGUGCGUGGUGAUAAAGUCCCAGUACGUCCCGACCCCUCGGCCCCAGCAGGUGCAUGCGUUGGCCUCCGGGGAGCCGUGCGCGGCGAGCGACAGCCCCAGGCUAGCCAAACCCAGCCGCGGGGAGGAGGGGGCCGCUGCCGGCCCUUCCGCUUGCCCGAAGCGCCUGUUGAGCAGCCGCGUCUCAAAGCAGCCAGGCGGGGGUGCCGAGGGCGAGCCUGGGGGCGGGGAGCGGGGGCCUUCUUCGCCGGAGGACCGCGCCCCGCGCCUUCCGGGGCUCCCUGCGGCCGAGGAGAAGCCGCCGGACGCCCCCACGCAGCCAGGCAGCCCCGAGCGCCCGACCUUAGGCCCGGCGGCUCCGGGCUGCGCGGGCGGCGCCAAGGGCUCAGACCCGGCCGGGGUCCCGCGGCGCGCGGCCGGGGGCUGGGCGCGGACUCCGGGGCCCUACGCCGGGGCGCUGCGGGAGGCCGUGUCCCGCAUCCGCCGCCACACCGCCCCGGAUUCGGACUCGGACGAGGCUGAGGAGCUCAGCGCCCACAGUGGUUCCUCCGAUGGAAGCGACACAGACGCCCCAGGCGCCUCCUGGCGGAGCGAGAGGACCCUGCCUGCGGAGGGGAACACCCGGCCCGGGGAAGGCGGGAAGACGGCUGGGCCGAGCAGCAGCAUCCGGGAGAUCCUAGAUGUGUCAGCCAAACCGAGGAAGGCCUCUUAGGAGAGGGCUCGCCGGGAGAACUCCCCGGGGAAAUAGAGGGACAGUGAGCGGUGCCCCUUUUCUCGGGUGGCUCAGCCAGCCUCGGGCCCGCCGCUCGCCUUCACUCUCCGCAGGCCUCGCUUGCUUCCCCUUUCUUCUCUCCCCACCUCCACCUGCUCCCACGCUUGAGACAGAGGAAAGGAAAGAAAGGGAGGAGAGGGAAGGCAGCACUCGCCACUCCAAGGGUUAGUGUCAGGGAGAGGGGGCGGGAUUCAACUCCUGCUGCAUUCCACGAAGAGCUGAGCAGAGAGACAGGCCGAAGGUCAAGGAUGGUGGCAGAAAGCAACCGUCAGGGCAGGGUCCCUUGACAGGAGAGACAACGUACACACACACACACGCCACCAGCAGACUGGGAGGAGGCCUCUCCUUGAGGUUACAACUCAAGUUUCCAUUCCAGCGCUGCCACCGACUUGCUGGCGGACCCGAAGAGUAACUGUUUUUACGUCCGGGCAUCCCGGACUCCUGUAAAUGUAAAACCAGCGGUUCCUGCCGCCCAUUCUUCCGCCCCUAAGAUUUUGUGAAUCAGUGGAUAGAACUUGAGGGUUCUUAUCAACUUCACUCUUCCUCAGUUCAGACGGCCGUCAAAGCGUUCCGAUUUAAAUGGGCAAAGGGCUUCUAUUCCAACCUCCCCCAAGUGUAGGAGGGUGCUCCCCAAGGCCGAGCCCCUCACCGUCCAAGCUGGAGGGGGAAGACAGCCAUUGAAUCCGCUUGGGACGCUUUUAAGCCUUCCCCCCUUCCUCCAUCUCCGUGCCCUUGGUGAUGCUCUGAAGUGUUGCCGGGAUUUCUCACGCAGACGGUAUCGCCCACCGGAUAGGACCCCGACAACCUGCGUCUCUCCUAGGAAACAGCCGGGCCAGCAGCAAGGCUGAGCUUCAGCAGACCGUGUGGGGUGUGAUACUCGCUGUGGCCACUACGGGGCGCGCGCAGGCCGCGGAUUCCCCGGUUGCUGGUGCUCGAGUGCCCCUCCACCAGCACUGCCCGUUAUCUGGAUCCCUAGCUACCGGGCGCCGGUUCCCUGCCUCGACGCUUCCGAACCGCGCGCGCGCGGGGCCGGGAGCAGGCCUCCGGUCUCCCAGACCUCUGGGGCGCGCCGAGCCCUUCUUUGUACUGACCCACGCCAACCGGCUUGAGACUGACAUUUAAGCCUUUUUCUUCCUCUCUUUCCAACCCUGGGCACUUCCUCUGUGUCUGCCAUUUACUAGCCAUGUGACCUUGGCCGAAUCACUUCACCUCCCUGAGCCUCAGUUUCCUCAUCUGUCAAAUGGGGGUUUAUAAACACCUACCUCGCAGGGUUGUUGUGAGGAUUUAAUGAAAUAAUGUAUAUAAGGCGCCUUGCACAGUGCCUGGCACGUAGUAGGCGCCCAAUAAAUCUCCCUCCCUUUA